UCGGUAACGACGUUUCGAAGCAAACUAAGGAAUAAGACAUCUAACUUCUAUAUCUAUAUAUAUCUAUGAUAACGCGCGCGUUCUCUGUUAUUUGUUUUUAUUAUCAUUCUUAUACCUCAUAGAGUGCCAAAUUGUUUACCUUCCAAAGUACAUGAGUUUUGAUAGAGAAAAUUAAAUUUUCGUUGCAGACUAAACAUUUUCAUUUUAGGUUGUUUUACACAGGUUGUUACAUUUAUAGUCUGCUGUGAUUUAUUAAUGGUAAAAAUUAAUAAAAGUUAAAUUAAUUUAGAUUUUCAGUUCUUUAUACCGCGGCUAAAAUGGAUUAUGGAGUUUUAAGAUUUAAAACAAAAUGAGCAAAGGGGACGUGUAACGGAAAUGUUACGACCGAGUUUACAUAAGAAAAUGAUCACCAAAAUUAAAUUAAAUUUUUUUAAAUGAUUUCGUGCAUUGACUUUAAUAUUAUCACAAUGUCCUGGUCAACAUUUUCUAAAUAUAAUACGAUGUGGAGUAAAGUUUCCCAAGCAUAAAAGCACAAUGUGAGCACAACAUAGGAAGAUGUUCAUCGCAAUUAUCUCAAUGGCAAACCGUCAAUUCACCGUAGACAAUCAUAAAAAUGCAAAGGAAAUUGUAAUAAAUUUUAAAAACAACAAUACUUGAACGAGUCGAUAGAAAACCAAUUGUAUGCAUAAUAAUCUGACAGCAAAAUUCAUCAACAAUAUACUUAGCUCGUUAUAUCAUCAUCAGGAGACGAUCAAAUUAUGGAAUUGAAUGAAACGCGACAAUCAAAUGUGGCCACGAGUGAAGAUGAAGAUGCUAUCAACUAUGGCAAUUUAGUGAAACAAUCAUUGAUGAAUAGUUUUAAUGUAAACGAUUUCAUUGAAUCAAAUAUAUCAACAGUACAUGAUAUCGAUGACGUUGUCGUGGAUUCGCCGAUCAUUUUUUUACUCGUCAAGUGCUUUAUCAUUGGUUUCAUUAUUUUAGCUGCUAUUUUCGGAAAUAUGUUGGUUAUUGUCUCGGUGAUGCAGCAUAGGAAGCUGAGAGUAAUAACUAACUAUUUUGUGGUUUCGUUAGCCAUGGCUGAUAUGUUAGUGGCCCUUUGUGCGAUGACAUUUAAUGCUUCUGUAGAAUUGGCUGGUAAAUGGCUCUUCGGUUCAACCAUGUGCGAUGUGUGGAAUAGUUUAGAUGUGUAUUUUUCUACGGCGAGCAUACUUCACCUUUGUUGUAUAUCAGUGGACAGAUAUUAUGCCAUAGUUCAACCAUUGGAUUAUCCUUUGAUAAUGACUUUUUCUAGAGUAAUUUUCAUGUUAUGUAUCGUGUGGACAUUCCCAGCAAUUCUCUCAUUCGUGCCGAUCUUUCUUGGAUGGUAUACCACUGCUGAACAUUUAGACUAUUUAAAGUCACAUCCGUAUAUAUGUGAAUUUAAAGUUAACAAAUCUUAUGCACUGAUUAGUUCAUCGGUUAGUUUUUGGAUACCAGGAAUCGUGAUGAUUUUAAUGUAUUAUAAAAUUUAUAAGGAAGCGGAUAGACAAGAACGCUUGUUGUACAGAUCCAAAGUUGCAGCUUUGCUUCUGGAUAAACAUUUACAAAUCAAUGGCAUAUCAGUUCAGCGACAAAGCAUUCAUACUGUCGAGCCCUGUGCCAUAAGUAAAAUGCGACGUGAGAAAAAGGCUGCCCGAACGUUAGGAAUCAUAAUGAGUGCUUUCUUGUUAUGUUGGUUACCAUUCUUUUUGUGGUACGUCAUAUCAUCACUAUGUGCAUCAUCGUGUUCAUCACCAAAAAUUGUGGUUGGAAUUGUAUUCUGGAUUGGUUAUUUCAAUAGUGCUCUAAAUCCUCUAAUCUAUGCAUAUUUCAAUCGUGAAUUCCGCUAUGCAUUUCAAAGAACAUUAAAGAAUUGUUGCUCCUUCCGACACAUAAAUUGUAAGAUUAGUGAUCGAGCCAAUCUUCCACCAUAUCUCCAUUCGACAGCCUCAUCCGAAAUUCAUAUGAAUUCCAUUCGACCAGCAACAACUACCACAGCUAUAAGUGAAAAUCUCAACUGAAUGUUCUGAUCUUGUUUUGGAAAGUGUCGGAAGAUUAUCUUGUUCCAGCUAAGUUAAGCAAAUACCAAAGAAAAAACAAUUUAUUUAUAUGAGAAAAAGAGAAAAAAGAAAAUCACAACGCAACAAAGUAUUUAUUUAAAAUUGAAUAUAUAUCAAACCCAAAGGCAACAAAAAUUUUAUAAAAUAAGUGAACGUUUGGGCUAUAUAUUUUUAUCGUGUGUUUAACAAAAACUAAUGCUAACAAGUUAAUUUAAGAGAAAAAUUAUUAUUAUUAUAUUUGAAAGACUUAGUAAUAAAUGUUAAAAAAUAAAUUACAAAAAUUAGAAUAUUUGAUAAGUUAAUUAAUUUUGCGAAUUCACAUUUACGGUAAGUAUAGGCGAUGAGUGUGUGUAUAAAUGUGCAUGUUAUGUGUAAAUAAAAACAUUAAUAUAAAUGUGUAAAUUAUAUUUAAUUCUAGACCAGCAAUAUUACACUCUAAGUGAAACUUGUAGUAUUAUCAUUGAAAUAACAUUUACCCACAACUUUGUAAUUUUAUCAAAUUAUGUUUGUGAUAUAUUCUUUAAAGUUUAAAAACUGAUGCGCCUAAGUGAGUGUUUAUUUAAGACGAUUAUAUAGGUGUUCCGAACACAAUCCAUCAUCUCAAUGAAUAACAGCGCAUACCGCAUACGGUAAUUUUACAAACUAUCCGAGCCAUCAUGUCCGUUUUCCAAGUUAAUAAAAAAAACACAAAAAAGGAAUAUUUCUGUUUAGUUCCAAUAGCAGUCUGUGAAAGUUAAUGCGUAACAACUCUAGCAGCGACACAAACCAAAUUUAAUGUCAAACGGUGGAGGGUCACAAUCAAUCAAAUUUUUGUUUUUCUUUUUCAAAUUUUCAACUUUUCAAACAGAAAAAGAAAAGAAAAUGAAAAUUCAACUUGAUUGAUUCUGAACCACUAUUUGACACACAAUUUUGAUUGUGUUACUGCUAGACAGUUGCUAUGGUAGAAAAAUAAUGUUUUAAUCUAAAAGUUGUCGAGGUUUAAGAGAAUGCUAAAUGUGAGAGUAGGUUAAAGUUUUUGUUUAGUUUCUUUUCAUACUAAAACAGUUCUUUUUUCUUUCGAACAAUCUCAACAGUUUUCUCCUCAAAGUGUCAUUCAAUAUUCAAAUUGGUUUCCCAUUAUUUGUCUUUGUUCACUUAGAAGUUCUUUUGUAUUGAAAAGGCUUCAUCUUUUUUUAAAGUGUAAAAGUUCUUACAAAGAAAAAACUAGCUCAGAUGGCCAUUUUGUUAUUGAAAGAAAUAAUCCAAGGAUAUUUUAAUAUUCAUCAAUUAAAUACAGCUGUCACUUCCUCAUAAGCAUUUUAUAUUCCUGUGUCAAUUUUCAUAUCUGCAUAUAAUAUUAUAUAUAGUGGUUAAUGUUCAGUAGAGAUUUAAAAAAAAAGAAGAAAUUGUUGGUUCGUUUCCGAAUUAAGUUUAAGAAUUUUAAAGAAUUUUGUUAAAACAUUUUUGUGUUAUAUAUUUUGGAUAAAAUAUAAAAUCUU